CUUCCAGAACUAAUGAAAAGCGUAUUUCAGGUAUUACUAAGGAAUAGAAAUUAUGCCCGCAUGGCAUAAAACUGCCAAAAUAGUAGCGUUGUAAGAUGGUCUAUCCCUUCGAUGACGGGAUGAGGCUCCAGCUUUCCAUGCGCCACAGAAUAACACUUUGAGAUAUACCGCCACAAUCAAAAUUGGUGCGCCACAGCAAAGCCAGGUUCACUUACAGACUUCGACGUUCAGAUGGCUCGGAAAUAGGUUCGACUAACAUAUUGGUUCGGCCUUGCUUAUCAGGGUUCAAUCCUUAAAAAUCAACUAAGUCUAUUUUGGAAACUUCGGGACAGCACAAAUAUCUUCAACUGGUAUGGGUUGGACUAUUACAUUUUUGGUUUGCAGUCGUCGAUAGGUACAAGAUAUAGGGGUGACAUAAUGAUAAAUCCAAGGACAGAGCUUUGGGAUUGUAGAACUCUCAAUUAUCUCCAGGGUCACUCGAUUCUGUUAUCUCGCAAGGCAUUUGGUAUGCCAAAAGUUUCACUCGAGGCUGUACAACGUGGUCCGAUACCGGGGGGAGAGGGUGUCUUACAUGUCGGCUCACGCUACAGGUCACGCGCUCAUAAAGCUACUUUUUGAUUGGUGCAUGGGCGAGUCAUGCUUACAUGCGAGCUGGAAAAAACGGUUGGGUAGAUUGGUGCAUCGGAUAAAUCUCAAGUGGUGUGGAUUUUAAGUCGGAACAAUAGGUGAUAUGACCUGACGGUACUUAUUCUUUCGAUUGGUAGAAAGCAUGCGCCGAUGUGAUUUACCCGACUGAUGGUCAGACUGGGCUGUAUUUGCGUCACCACUCACCUGCUAGAAUGAUAGACGAGGUUGAACGCAUACAAUUGGCCCCCCAUGUCCGAGACCGAGAUGUGUACGCUUCGAUAUAGGCCAAACAUCAAGCAGUGGGCUUUGUAAUCCGGCAGUCGGAAUCAAAGGUAAAAUGGUUCAAU